UUGAGGUGUGUAAGUUGUACUGUUUGGUCUAUAAUAUUUUUAAAGACACCUCAAAUGUUAAAUUGUAUAGCACCAAACUAAGGAACAUGACAGAUCAACAAGAAAGCCCGGAUCAGUUCCCUGCAGAGAAGGGUCAAGGAGGAGCUGGAGCCUCAUAUAAGUUGGCAGUUUUUGAGUUUGAGAACUUCCGUGGAAAGAAAGUGGCAUUGUCUGGCGAAUGUAAAGAUGUACUAGAGAGGACACAGAAAGUUGGCUCCAUCAUUGUGGAAUCUGGACCAUGGAUUGGUUUUGAGCAUCCAAGCUUUGCAGGGGAGAGGUUUGUAUUGGAGAAGGGGGAGUAUCCCCGCUGGAGCACCUGGACCAACUGCCAGAGUCACUACUGUUUGAGCUCUUUCAGGCCCCUAAAAGUGGACAAUGCAGAUCACAAACUCCACCUAUUUGAGAAUGCAGGUUUUGAGGGCAGGAAAAUGGAGAUUGUUGACGAUGAUGUUCCCAGUCUGUGGGCUUAUGGUUUCCAGGAUCGUGUGGCCAGUGCUAAGGCCAUCAGCGGCACGUGGGUGGGCUACGUGUACCCGGGCUACAGGGGACGCCAGUAUGUGUUUGAGCAUGGAGACUUUAAGCACUGGAAUGAUUGGGGAGCCACUGCGCCUCAGAUCCAGUCUGUCCGACGUGUGAGGGACAUGCAGUGGCACAAGAGGGGGUGCUUCAUUGCCCCUACUCCUACUCCUACUCCUACUCCUACUCCUACUCCCAACCCUAACCCCACUCCCAACCCCAAUCCUAUUCCUAACCCUACUCCCAUCCCCAAACCAUCUCCAAAUCCCAAAUCACAAACCCAGCCUUUAACCUAAUGCCAUACGUCCAGCAUCUUACAGCUCCUGGGACAAGCCUAGGCCUACUUGCCCACUGUUAUAUGACAAUAA